AUGGGCCGAAAUGGCCUGGGAGGUGGGCUAGUUCUAGCCCUUAAUAUUGGUAUACUUUGCAUUUUAUCGAUACAGGAAGCAGGGUCUGUUCCAGUUUCGUCAAAUAGCAACGGAUUCGUCCCAGGACAUUCGGCCAUCGUCGGACAAAAUCCCGAUGACAGGUUUACCAAUGGAGAUCUGAAGGCUCACUCUAGAAAUUUCAGACCAUUGGAAGAACUGUCGAAGCGUUCAACCUUGUCAAUACGGCGACGGAAAGAUGGCAGCACCGGCGAAAGUGCAUUCGAGGUUGAGCCUGCCACAUUGUCGGAUAGCGUGAGUGGCGAAUACGUUGUUGUUGUGGAAAUUGGUGGAAACAAAGUCUUGAAUGAAAGUCAAAAAGAAGUGCUAUUAUCUGUUUUAGCCUCCAAGUUAUCUGUUUCAAAAAACAAUAUAGUUAUACUAAACAACCAGGAUAAUGUGUACGAUAUGUAUAUUAUUGGUACGAAUGACGGUGAUGACACCGGUUAUAGCGAAAGUGACCUAAUACCAGCUGCUGAUGUAGUCAGUGAAUUAGAUUUAGACCAACUUAAUAGUUUACUUUCUGAUUUUUCCAUACAUGAUGUAUAUCCACAGCAGGUGUAUUCUGUGGAUUAUACAGAUGUUCCUUUCUAUGAAACCAGUUAUUUCCCAUAUAUUAUUGGGGCUGCAGCUGCCGUGUUUGUUCUACUUGUAGCAGUGACAUGCUACUGUUGUAUCAGACGUAGAAGACGAAAGAAAGCCGAGAAGGAGUUGACCCAUGUGUGUUUCUAUCCCCCUAUUAAACCCGAGCUGAAGACUGGAAGAAUGGUUCAACCCGAACCUGGUCAGAUAUAUGCACCUGUAGCAAGAAGUCAACCAAUCAAAAUCAUUAAAGCACCAGGUUUACUGGAAAGGAGAGGAUCGAAUGCAUCACUGACGAUUGAUUUGAACGGAAGAGGUGGUGCCACUGGGGGAAUACAUUAUGGAACGCCUCCCAAGGAAAGUUCUAGUGAGGAGUACUUGUCAUCAGCCGGUAACAGAAUGACUAGAAAACAAUUAAGAAAUUCUUUAAAAAAUGUACGAGCUCUACAUGAGGAAUUCUGGGAUAUUCCAAUGAAUCACCCCGAAGCCAUAGAUGUACCAGGGUCAGGAACUAAAAACAGAUAUCGUACUAUAUUACCUAAUUUGCAUACUAGAGUUAUAUUACCAGAGAUCAACAGUGAUCCUCUGUCAACGUAUAUAAAUGCAAACUAUAUACGUGGCUAUGAGCAGGAAGAGAGCGCAUUCAUAGCCACGCAAGGUCCAAUGGCCCAUACUAUUAAUGAUUUUUGGAGGAUGAUAUGGUUUACCAAUGCACCAAUUAUUGUUAUGAUUACAAAGCUCAAAGAAAGGAAUAAGGUGAAGUGUGAGCAUUAUUGGCCCCACACACAGGGUAUUUAUGGGGAUAUAGAAAUUUGUGUAGAUAAUAUUAUUAGAAAAGAUGGCUAUAUACUUAGAAUUAUGACGCUUAAGUACUUAGAUGAAGUUAGGCAUGUCAAGCAUUACUGGUACACUGCUUGGCCAGAUCAUAAAACGCCAGACACUGCCAAACAGUUGCUGGAACUUGUAGAAGAUGUGGAAAGACAUCGAAGAGAUGACGAUGAGGACGAGGCAAUAGGACCAGUGGUUGUACACUGCAGUGCUGGUUUGGGUAGAACUGGCUGUUUUAUUGCUAUCAGUAUAGGAGUGCUGCAACUUAUAGAAGAAAGCAUGGUGGAUAUACUAGGAAUUGUAUGUCUAAUGAGGCUUGAUAGAGGUGGAAUGAUACAAACAAAUGAACAGUACGAGUUCAUCCACCAAGCCUUGUGUCUUUACGAGAAAUGUCUCCCAGAUAUUGUAGAUUGAACUCCAGUUAAAACGUAUCCGGCACCAGAAGUGUCUGAGGUAGAAGAAUGCUGUCAUCGGUGUCAUGUAGUGGAUGGAGCACAUGGAAUACUUGACAGCAUAAUGUCAAAUGCAAC